AUGAUGAACGGCGUACCAAAGAAACGCACAAACUUGCGCAUCAAAGCUUUUCCGAUGACAAUGGAUGAAAAAUUAAUUGACAGCAUUUGGCUGUUAUUGAAAAAUGCUAUUCAAGAAAUUCAAAAGAAAAACAAUUCUGGUCUAAGUUUUGAAGAACUGUACCGAAAUGCUUAUACCAUGGUGUUAUUAAAACAUGGUGAAAGAUUGUAUACUGGUAUGAAGGAAGCUGUAAUAUACCAUUUAGAAAAUAAGGUCAGAGAAGAUGUUCUAAAAGCAUUAAAUAACAAUUUUUUACAAGUUUUAAAUGUUGCCUGGAAUGAUCAUCAAACUUCUAUGGUGAUGAUACGUGACAUAUUGAUGUACAUGGACCGAGUUUAUGUUAAGCAUAAUGAAGUUGAUAAUGUUUAUAAUUUGGGUCUCAUUUUAUUUCGUGAUUUAAUUGUUCGCUAUGGAUAUAUUCGCGAUCACCUACGAAUGACUCUGUUAAAUAUGAUCAAACUUGAAAGAAAAGGUGAAGUUGUUGAUCGAAUAGCUAUUAAAAAUGCAUGUCAAAUGUUAAUGAUUCUUGGAAUUACUGGGCGAAUUGUUUAUGAAGAAGAUUUUGAAAAACCAUUUUUGGAGCAAUCUGCUGAAUUUUAUAAAAUGGAAAGUCAAAAGUUUUUAGAUGAAAACAGUGCAUGUAUUUAUAUUAGAAAAGUUGAAUCUAGAAUUAUAGAAGAAUCGGAUAGAGCAAAACAUUACCUUGAUGAUUCGACUGAAAGUCGAAUUGUUGAGGUUAUUGAAGUAGAACUAAUUAAAAGAAAUAUGAAAACCAUUGUUGAAAUGGAAAAUUCUGGCGUUGUACACAUGUUAAAGAACAACAAAAUUGAUGAUUUAGCAUGCAUGUACAAGUUAUUGUCUCGUGUUUCAGAAGGUUUAAAAACCAUGUCUGAUUGUGUUAGUCAAUAUUUACGGGAAAUAGGAAAAUCUCUUGUGCAAGAAGAAAAUAUUAAUACUAAUGCAAUAAGCUAUAUUCAGAGUUUGCUGGAUCUAAAAGAUCGUUUUAAUUUUUUUUUGAUUCAUUCUUUCAACAAUGAUAAGAUGUUUAAACAAAUGAUUGCUGCUGAUUUUGAAUAUUUUUUCAACAUAAAUUCCAAGUCACCAGAAUAUCUAUCUUUGUUUAUUGAUGAAAAAUUAAAAAAGGGUGUUCGUGGGUUAACUGAAAAUGAUGUUGAGUUAGUCUUGGAUAAAGCUAUGGUAAUUUUCCGCUUCCUUCAAGAAAAAGAUGUAUUUGAAAGGUAUUAUAAACAGCAUUUAGCCAAGAGAUUGCUUUUAAAUAAAUCUGUCAGCAAUGAUAAUGAAAAAAAUAUGAUCUCAAAACUCAAGACUGAGUGUGGUUGUCAAUUUACUUCAAAACUGGAAGGCAUGUUUAAAGAUAUGUCCAUAUCUAACACUAUCAUGGAAGAAUUUAAAGAAUAUGCAGCCAAGUCCAAUAAUCGGUAUUUACAUGCUGUGGAUCUUACUGUGAGAGUGUUAACGACAGGAUUCUGGCCUACCCAUGCAUUAUCAAAGUGCAAUGUACCAUUAGUUCCUAGAAGUGCUUUUGCAGAAUAUCGAAUAUUUUAUCUGGGUAAACAUAAUGGACGACAACUAACAUUACAACCACAACUUGGUUCAGCUGAUUUGAAUGCUGUAUUCUACGGUUCAAGACGACCAGAAAAUGACUUAACAGGAAGUGUAUCUUCUUCAGUCAAUUCCCACAAUCCAUCUACUGAGCGAAAACACAUAAUUCAAGUGUCAACAUAUCAAAUGUGUAUUCUCUUAUUGUUCAAUACUCAUGACAAAUUAUCAUUUGAAGAUAUUCGAAGUGAAACUGAUAUUCCUGAUAAAGAUUUAAUAAGAGCAUUACAAUCUUUAGCAUUAGGAAAACCCUCACAGCGUAUACUAUUAAAAACUCCUAAAUGUAAAGAAAUCGAAUUAACUCAUGAAUUUUGUGUUAAUGAAUUAUUUACAUCAAAAUUGCAUAGAGUGAAAAUCCAAACAGUUGCAGCUAAAGGUGAAACUGAACCAGAAAGAAAAGAAACUAGAAGCAAAGUAGAUGAGGACCGUAAGCAUGAAAUCGAAGCAGCUAUUGUACGCGUUAUGAAAUCUCGGAAAAAAAUGAUUCAUAAUGCUCUUGUGUUGGAAGUUGUAGAACAACUCCGAGACAGAUUCCUACCAUCUCCAGUUAUUAUUAAAAAACGAAUUGAAGGACUGAUUGAAAGAGAAUACCUUUCAAGGUCGGCAGAAGAUAGACGAACUUAUCUUUAUGUUGCAUAAAAUGUGUAUUUAAUAUUGUAUAUUAAGUCUUCCUAUGUAAAAAUUGACAACUAAAUAAUAUUAUAUAGUGUGUUCUCACAUUAAGAGGUACCACUAAUUAUUUCUGCUGUAUGAUUUUUGAUUGAAAUAUGUUUUAGGAGGUAAAAAGUGUACUAAAAAUACACUUUUGUAGAAAAUUUCAUAUGUUUAACUCCUUUGGUAUGUGCAUAUAUAUUACAACUUAAUAUAUUAUAGGUUGCAACUAAUCUUUUCCUGCAAAUUUUGAUGAACAAUUUGUAUAUAAAAUAUUUUUACAAAUUAUAAAAUUGACUAAGUUAAAGCAAAUUCAGCUCUAAUUU